AAUAUCUUCAGCUCGUCAUUUACGAUAUUGACAGCGCCAGCGACGGUUGGGUAGUGGAUUACACUACAGAAAACGUUUAUAUAAUUGUUAUUGAUAUUGAAAAAAGUUUCCUUUUUAUUUCAUAUGGAAUUAGGAUUUAUUUAACAUUCUUAAAUGUUUGACUUGACUGUUGGAACUAUGUCUCAGUGCUACGACCGAGGGUCAAUCUGUGCAUGUCCUCCCGUGGCAUACGAACCUCACAAAAUGCAGAGACUCAUGCCCAGACAUAAUUUAUUUUACCAAUUGGAUUCUACACCGAAUCAGCCAAACUUGUUACAAUCAAAUACCUCCGCUCCAGUAAUGGACUGUGAAACAAAACAGAGCAACACUUUACAAAGUGUGUUACUGGGGAAAGUCCCAGCUGCCUACUCCCAUCUGACCUCACACAGGAAGUCUCCUUAUCAACUCAGUCCACCCCACUGCGCCUCGUCUCCCCGGCGGAGUCCCCACAGUCCUAGCUCAUUUCUGAACAUUCCGUCUCGGACUUCACCCAUCGGGUCACCGCAGUCGUUCCAGAUUUCUCAGGAGGUUCCAUUUUCACGUCAGUUUUCUCCACAGUGUCCUAUAAUCUCGUCGCCUCAUCGCUCAUCCCCUCAUCAUAUGCCAUCACCUCGCCUGAUGCCUUCACCACACCCCUCCCUAUCGCCCCGGCAUUCAGUCUCGCCUGCUUCAUCUAGUUCCACAGAAAUUUGUCAAGACGAGCCCAUUGACCUGUCUUGCAAAGUGAUCAAGGAAGAAGAAAAUAAUACUCCUAGCGGUGAGGACAAGGACAAUGGCGGGUUCUCUUUAUUGAGGAACCUACUGUGUGUUGGAAAAAACAAUCAAACGAAUUCCCCCAAAUCUCCAGACUCGGGCAGCGAACAUGGCGACAGCGAGAGUUGUGUUAGAUUCCAUGUGACGGGGACGACGCCCGUAACCCUCGCCAAGAAAAACAUGUAUCCCGUGGGGUCGCGGGUAUCGGACUGGCUUGUGAAAAUCAUCCAAUUUGCAAAAUCCAUUCCGGAAUUUGUCAACCUCUCCCACAAUGACAAAGUGACAUUGAUUCUGAACUCAUGGACACGGCUUCUGCUACUGUACAUGUCAGAGAGUAACUUUCAGUUCGCUGUGACCCCCAUUCAUUCCGAGCAGCAGUCGGAGGAGUCCAGCGGCGACCCCCCGCCCAGCCAGCCCACCAUGAAAUCGGUGGAAAAUCUUCAGGGCUUCAUCCGCAAGUGCCAAACCAUGAAUCUGGAUCAAAAAGAGUACGCUUUCCUCAGAAUGGCAGUUUUGUUUAAUUCUGGCUAUGUGGGGUUGGACAGACCAGAUCAGGUAGAACAACUCAACUCCCUCAUCCAGCAGCUCUUACAGGAACACGCCCGUUCCACCCGCCCAACUGACCACCUCCAUUACAGCCGGGUCCUGCUCUGUCUCCCAGCUCUUUAUGGCAUUAACUGCAAAAUGAUCGAAAAUCUCUUCUGCAAGCAUAUCAACGGAAACAUGGACAUCGAUGUUCUCUUGAAAGAAAUGUUACAAAACUUAUAGCAAUUCCAUGUACUAACGUUACUGUAUAUGUUGUUUUAUUUAUUUCGUGGACUUUCUAUGACGCUGGGCGUCUCUUUAUUAUUUCCAUCAUUCCAUGGAGUGCGUGGUCCUGUCAAUGCGGAAAUGUUGUCAACAUACAGCACCCCCUAUAUUGUAUACAUGCAUGAUAUUAUUCUUUGUCAAGAUUUGAGGUUGACGCACAAUUAUUCUCAAUAUACAGCCAUAUGAACAUAGUUUUGAAGGUUACUCAUAGUCGAGGUAAUGACCUUGAUUUAUAUUCGUCUAGGAUCGCUGACCUUAAGUUUAACAACGCUAGCGUUCAGUCAACUCGCAACUUACGUUUUAGCUGAACCGAUCCUAAUUUGUAAAAGAAGUAUGAUGAAAUUUGCAUUUUAGGUGAAAUCAAUCGAUAUAAGUGCGUCAACCCUUCUUGUCCUGUGUACCAGACAUGAGGUUGAAAAAAUGAUUGUUUCUGAUUGUCGUAAACAUAUGAGUAUGUGUCAUAUCCAUUUUAAUUUAUUUUUUCUUUUUUAAUAAUAUUAAAAAUUUAUAAGAACUAUGA